UGUCAGUUUCAUUGUCGGAGCAUGCGGUCGAUCAUGCGGAAUCGCACUUCGUGUUUCGAGUUUACCGUUACCGUUGAUUGACGCAAAUAUCGAAAAAAGGCUUGAAUGCGAAAAACGAAAAGAAACAAACUUUGCGCGCGUUAUUUGUUGGUGUUUCAAGUGUGUGCUAACAGCGUAAUUGCUUAUUGCAAUUAAUAUAUAAAUCAAGUGUAGUAUCAAAACGAAACCCGAAACAGAAAGAACGUAACAAAGUCAAAAAGUCGCACUAAUUGCUGACAUAAUUUUCAUAACUGGCAAAGGAAUAGAAGAGAAUAGAAAAAAGAGCCGACUCGUAAUUGAAUUUACAGUUAUACUGUGUGUGGUCAAGUCGAAAUUGUCGGGGACUUGGAAUAAAUUUAAUGUUAAUAAGUUUAAUUUUUUGCGCGUCGUGCGGUUAAUUGAAGCACUUAUCCAAGACAGGUCAAGUCGUAAAUAAGUAAAUAAUUUGAAAUCAUCAUUUAUGUGUCUCAGUGUGUUCGUGUAAUUGUAUCCCAGAAUGUGGCAUAGAAAAGCCGCCGAAUGUGAAAUGUGCAACGUCUAUAGGCAAAUGUGUCUGUUGUUCAUGCUCUUGGGGGCGGCAUUGGGUGCCACGCCCUUUGCCAAGGAAUACCGCAGCGCGGGUCUCUUUAAAGGCAACACGCUAAUGGAUAUGGAGCUCGAUGCGGCAACCACACUUGACAUCGGUGUCGAUAAACUUACAGCCGGGAAUGGGGGAGCUUUAGUCUCGGAUUCCGAUGAUUUGCUGACUUUCAAGGCGGAGUCAUCGGUGGUGGUGCCGGGCGUGCAACAAAAUGCAGGCUGUCCGGCGACGACAAGUUCCCAUUGUCUGCGCUGCAACAAGGCGGGUUGCAUCAAGUGCCCACUGUACCUGGUGACGGAUACACGUCAGUGUGUGGAACAAUGCCCCUCCGGGUAUCUGGACCAAUGGUCCGCCCAUACCGAGUUCAUGGGUCGGGUCUGUGUGCCCACUGGUUACUCGGGUCCAUUGAUGGCAGCUCUUGCGGGUCUCCUCGGUGGAUUUCUGGUCUGUCUGUCGCUGCUGGCGGUGUCCGUCAUGUUGGUGCGACGGAAGCGACGACGCAAGUCCGUCAAACAGAAGCUCAUCAAUGAGAACACCAUGGAUCGAGCGGAUUUUAUGCGUCAGCUGAACGAGAUGCGUCCGAAUGCAGAGUAUUUUCUGGCCAUGCUCAACGACACUCGACGGCAAAUCCGCAAAUUGUAUUUAUCCGGAGAGGUGGCAGCGGCCAACUCGUAUCGUCCCAUUGUGCGGGAUCUGGCCAAGUUACUCAUAUUGCUGAACAGGCCCAUUGAGUUGAUUCCCACGCCGCCGCACGACUGGGCGCGACUCUAUGCGUGGUCGGAGCAGGCGCUGGAGCGGUAUAAGCCGCAAGUGGGUCACCUGAUUGACUUCUUUCAGGCGUCGAAUGCAGCUGGUGCCGGUAACCAGGAGGUGCUCUAUGCGGCGCCACACAAGAAGCAACAGCCGGGACACAGCAUUUACAGGCAUCAACAGCAGACGGCGCCCACGCAGAGCGGGGAUCUGUUGCCAGGAGAUCGCAACAGCAAUGCGUCGGCACAGCAAAAGCUGCAUCUCUUUGGCUCCCUCAUCAGUCUGCAUGAGUUCGAGGAGCCGCGUGCCUCGGAUCCAUUUGGCAGCAGCUUCAACACGCUAAAGAGCGGCAAUCUCAUAUCGGAUCUCAAUGCCAGCUCAUUGUGGCUGGAGGAUGAGUUCUAUAAGCUGGGCUUUCGACCGCAGGACGAGAUCACGACUGAGCUUUAACUGCACAAUACAUGUUUAAUCCGAAGUAUUAAUCCAAUCACAAAAGCUGGUGCCGCUACACGAAUCCAAGUGCAGCGAUUGGCAGCCAUGCAAAGUAGAGAGAGAGUUGACCACAUUCCGUCAUGCCAUCAAUAAUAAUUGACAAACUGAGACGCACAUUUAGAUAUUGAGUCGCUAAAUGUUCACGUUUAGUUUAGUUUAGUUAAUUAUAGUCCUAGUGUUAUAGUUAGUUAGUGUCUAGCCUAGAGAAGCGAACUAGUCAUGUAAAAUCACAGAAAUAUUAAUGAAAAAUGUUAAUUGAAUUUUAUGGAUUUUACAAAAAUCGCAAUAAUUAUGUAACGGCGAACAAUGAAGAAUUAUCGCUAGACCUAUUACUAAAUGUCUAUCAUACUUAUAGAUAUAGAUACAGUACCUACAUAUAUAAUAUUUAUAGCUUACAGAGACGGAGAUUAUAAUGCUUAGUGAAUACACGUAUAUUAUGAUGAUGAACAAUAAAAUGUUGUCCUUAAGUCGA